GAUUCAUUAGCGCGCCACUGAAAUCCGAAAUCUGAAUCUGUUGAGCUGCUCCGCUCGUAUCUCUGCGGCUACCGGGUUACUGAUUCAGACGAUGUUCGGGAGAAUCAGAUCGUCUUCUUCACUGGAUUCCUUGGAGCGGCCGCCUUCCAAGAUUCUUAAAGAUGAUUGUCUCUCCAUCUAUGAGGCCACCCUCGUGAAGCUUAAACUCGGUUCUCAACGUGAAUCAAGUCCACCCACCAAGGAAGACGCCUUGGAGGAUGGAGAGACUGAUACCAAUUCAAGUUCAUUGUCCGCUGAGGCGAUGAAAACAGAGUGUUACAACAAUCCUGCAAGUUUUCCCAAGGGUUCUCAUGAGUUAGCCGACUCACCCAAAGAAGACUUGAUGACUAUAGAUUCCGAUUAUUCGACUGCAAGUACUACUUCUACACCUGAAGCUUCUGAGGAUUGUCAAUCAACAGAAUAUUCACCCCAGCGUAGGAUAAGAAGCUCUAUUCUUUACCUAUUCUCUAAAUUUAAGAAUCCUCCAGCAAUUCAAACUAUCAUGGAGGAGAUGAAGGCAGAAGACAAUAACUAUUGUGCAGCUAUGUUGCCGAGUUCUAGUGCAUCUCAGUCUACCAAUAACAUCGAGCUGCAUUUGAAACAAUAAUCCAUCGACUCUUCAACUGUGGUAUCUGGAAAAAAUUUACAACUUGGAUGCAUGAUCAAACAUUAGUCAUUCCAGAUUCAGUUCCCUCAGGCAAUGAGUUUUAAUUCUCCUGCUAAAAUCAUGUUGUAUUUUUACGGCCAUGGUGCAGAAUGUAAGUGAAAUGCAUAAUAAUCAUAUCUGAACCUGAGCUAAAUUAUGGAGUGUUGAUGAUUUUUUAAUCCA